AUGGCAACACCAAUUUUAGCCCCAAAUCAGGAUCCUGCUAGUCCUUUUUACUUGCAUCCAACUGAUAACACAGCUAGUCAGUUAGUCUCGAUUAAAUUCAAAGGAGAAGGCUAUGGAGAUUGGAAAAGAAGCAUGAUGAUUUCAAUGUCAUCCAAGAACAAGUUAGGUUUUGUAUCUGGACCACAAUUGUUCUCAUUAGAACAACAAUCAGCUGAGAUCACACAAGGAGGUCAUACAGUAGCAGAGUUCUUCACAGAAAUUAAGUCAAUAUGGGAUAAAAUAAGUGCAGCAAAUCCAUUGCCAACUUGUACCUGUAAUCAGUGUACUUGUAAUCUGACUCAGAGGAUUGUUAAGAUGCAACAGGAUCAAAGGUUGAUGCAAUUUCUCAUGAAAUUGGGGGAACAUCUGGCUACAACCAGAGGAAGUCUCUUGAUGAUGCAACCUUUGCCUACAAUAUCUCAUGCUUACAGAAUGCUGGCACAAGAAGAAAAGCAAAGAGAGAUUGGCGCACCUGCACCACAUCAUGAGAGUCAUGCUUUUGGAGCAGACAGAAGGAGAUACAAUGACAAUCAGAAUAGAGGUGGAUACAACUCUUACAAGAGUCAACCAUACUACAAGAACAACUAUCAGUAUAAUGGUGUGGCUGCUGGGAGUAAGCCAACAACAUAUAAGAAGCCAUCCAUCUAUUUCUGUGAUCAUUGUAAAGUCAAUGGUCAUAGCACUGAAAGAUGUUUUAAAUUGCAUGGUUUUCCACCUGGUUUCACUGGUUUUAAGUCUGAUAAAAGAGUUGCAGGAGCUGCUUACACAGAUGAAGGCUAUACAGAUGAAGAUCUGAUGGAAUAUCAGCAGCAACACUAUACUACUGCAGAAAAAGAACACUCACAGACUCAACCUGGUUUUCUCACUGCAGAACAAUGCACUCAACUGUUGAGCCUUCUGAACAAACAACAAAAUGAUAAGACAAGUGCAGCAGAACACCAGAAUGAGGAAGGAGAUACUGCAGGUCAUGCCUUCAUGGCAGGUAAUACAUAUUGUUUUCUUACCUAUUCAAAAUCUAGUUGGCUAUUGGAUAGUGGAGCAUCAGAUCACAUGUGUGCUAGCUUGAACAUGUUUGACACUUAUGAAGCUAUACUUGAUGAUAAUGAGUUCAUUACUAUUCCUGAUGGAAGAAAAGUGGCAGUGCAUCAUAAGGGAACAGUCACUUUAAAUUGUCAUAUUCAGUUAAAAGGAGUCUUACAUGUUCCUGAUUUUCAUUACAACCUGUUAUCCAUCAAUAAAUUAUGCAAAGAUCAGAGUUGUACAGUCUCAUUCACAGCUGAUAAAUGCUAUGUUCAGGGCCAUUCAAUGAAAGGGCCACAGGUUCUUGGUAGUGUCAGAUCAGGUCUAUACAGUGUGGAUGACAACAAGCUACAAGUGAAUGAAGAUUCUUCAGCUGCUUGCCUCAAAGCUUCCAGCAAUAACACUGCUGCAGCACAACUUUGGCAUAUGAGACUUGGACAUGUUCCCUAUCAUAAAAUAAAGAUGGUGAUUGAUAGUCUAGCAGCACCUUUGGCACAUGAUAGCAUAUGCCAAAUAUGUCCUGUAGCUAAACAACCUAGAAGUUCAUUUCCAGUCAGUAGCAUAAAGAGUACUAAGAUGUUUCAGAUGAUCCAUUUAGACACCUGGGGUCCAUAUAAACACAAAACUCACACUGGUUGUACCAUGUUUCUUACUAUAGUGGAUGAUUUUACAAGAACAACUUGGACUCACUUGUUGAAAUCUAAAUCAGAUGCAGUUUCUGUGAUUAUUUCUUUUCUGAAUAUGGUUGAAACACAAUUUAGUUCAAAAGUAUUGUGUAUUAGAUCAGACAAUGCUUUGGAACUGUGUGAAGGGGAUAUGAAAUAA